AUGUCGGAACGUCUGCCACAGGAACUCAAGGAGCACGUUCUGGACUGUCUAGACGGUGCCACACCGGAUGGCAGGCGAGCGCUGCAAGCCUGCGCGCUCGUCGGCAGCUCUUUACUACCCCGGAGUCAGUCACUCCUAUUCCACGACAUUACCAUACGCAAUCCUCAGGACGUCCAGAACCUCUCGAGGGUCCCACAUCGUCUUCAAGCCCAAGUGCACGUCCUCCGCGUCGCGGCCACCUUCCACUUCGAACGACAACAUCGGUCCGCCCCCUCUCCCACUCCAGACAUCACGGCUUUGGCAAAGCUCCUGAUGCGACUGCCCGCCGUAUACGACCUGCGUAUUGACAACAGCCAUCACGCCGUCUACUACGUCUUCCUCCCCAUCGCCAUGUGCCGCGCCCUCCUCGCCAAAUUGCCGCUGUUGCGCUCCCUGACGCUCAACCGCUGGACUGUCCCCACGUCCAUCCUCAACCACCUUGGCAACAUCCAGGAGCUGCACCUCACCGACGUCCGGUUCAGCGCUGGCUUCAUGCCGAAGGUGCGGCCGCGGGAGCAGGCGACGAGGACGGCGAAGCUGGUGCACUUCGCCUUUGAAGUGAAGGAGCGCGACUCGCUGCUGGAGCUCUCGAACACGAUCGCCCGGCUGGGGGUGGGCGGCAGUUCGGCAUUGAAUGGCUUGAGGACGCCGAUUGACCUAACUUCGCUGCGCAGUCUGCGCUUGCAGGUGGCGGGUGUGCCGAAAGUGCAGGGGCUUAUUCUCGACGCGUGCAAAGAUACGCUGGAAGCACUCGAGUAUGGCCGCACCAAGAGCAUCGUAGGCGCGUCUCGCGCUUACCCCCCUGUGAACUUCGUAACCAUGCCCCGUCUACGAACUCUGGCCAUCCGCGACGUGAACCCCAACGAGGCGUCGGAACGCGAUUUUCUCGAGAAGCUGAUACGCAGCGCGCCCACCAUGCAACGACUGGUCCUCAACGUCAAUCCUACGUUAUUUCCAUUGCACGAGCAGCCGCUUUGGGCGUGGCUCGACGGAGCCUUGACUGCGGAUGAUGCGACGUCGACCGGUCUACGCGGCCUCACACUGGUCAUCGGCCCCGCGCGCGGACAGCCGAAUUAUCCCUCGUUCUACGAGGGCAAACGAGAGUUCCUGGACAAUGCUUUGCGGAAGGUGCAGUUGCGCAUGCCGGUGCAGGUCAAACGUUAUGCUGCAUGGCAAGAGCGACCAUCCCUACUCGAAUUCUCCGCGUGA